AUGGCUGCACCCCCUAGAGAUGCAUUAGAAUUUCCCGAGGCAGACAGGGUCUUCCUGGAGCCACAACUACCACCACGCGAUGGGACGACUCCACGCGCUGACAUGCCCUUCACGACUCUGACUUUCGCGACAUCACUCGAUUCUUCGCUUGCGCUGUCCCCUGGAACACGCACCGCACUAUCGGGGCCUCAGUCAAAAGCAAUGACUCAUUACUUACGAUCUCGUCAUGAUGGCAUUCUCAUUGGCGUCGGCACGGCGUUGGCCGAUGACCCAGGCCUGAAUUGCCGCAUUGUCGGAGUUGGAGGGUACGGCGGCGAGGGUUUAGAGUCUCAGCCACGACCCAUUGUCAUUGACCCUUCGUUAAGAUGGGACUUUUCUGAUGAUAGCAAGUUAUUUCAACUUUGCAGAGAGGGCCGUGGUCGUGCGCCAUGGAUUGUGACUACCGUUCGGGAGCCCCCGGCCGAGAAAGAUGCCCUGCUCAAGAAGUACGGGGGUCAAUUCAUUUCGCUCAACAUACCGACUUCAGAGUCUGGUAAUCACCGGAUUGACUGGAAAGAAUUACUUAUUACUCUCCGCUCGAACGGUCUUCGGAGCGUUAUGAUUGAAGGAGGUGGUCAUGUCAUCAACUCAUUGUUGGAACCGCCUUAUAUGGCUUUGAUUGAUCGAGUGAUCAUGACGAUUGCACCGACGUGGCUCGGGCAAGGGGGUGUGGUUGUGUCUCCAGCGAGAAGGUUUGACGGAGAGGGAAAUCCGAUGUCUGCUGCGAGGUUGAAGAACGUUCAGUGGUAUCCCUUUGGAGAAGACGUUGUUCUAUGUGGCCAAGUCAAUGUCUAG